UGUGCCUCACUUGACAAGAGAGAGCCUCCACCUCCUGUCAGAAGACCCUCAGAGAUUUUGCACAACAACCUGUUGCUCCCUGUUUGGGAGAACUUUGUGGUUUAUUCAACUCCUCAUAAUAUAAGAGAUUCAUCAUUUCUGCCAGUUGACCCAUGUGGGUGGUGGAGAAGAUCCGUGUGUCAGUGGAGAGAUCUAACCUGCCCGUCCCAUCAGCCGAACUCAGCUUUAAAAUCGGUGACAUCAUGUUUGGCGAAAAGCCCAAGCGGAUUUUCCUCUGUCCUAAUGUCAUCACCCCCGAUAACAUCCCAGAGUUCUGCAUUCCCCCGACCAUCCCAUCUCUGCAGGAGACAAAGAAUACGGAGCAAAGCAGAGCCCCUCGUGUUAUCAAAGUGUCGCCAUGUGAGAGGGCCAGCCCUGAAAUAGAGGUGACACACCACGAACCGCUCAACCCACACAUCAUCCAGGUGGAGAGUGUGGAUGAGAGCCCCUAUGACGGCUGCAGUGACGAGGAGACCACUAAUGCAGAUCCCCUGAGUCAGGCGGCCUUGUCCCUUCCACACCUGGCCAAAGCCCAGACCUGCUAUGGCUUUUGCACUUUACUGGAGAGCCCCCACACCAGGAGGAAGGAGUCACUCUUCCACUCUGAUCCAGGUUCAUCUCCACUGCUGCUGCCUAGGAGUCGAUCCAGCAUGUGCUCCAGAGUCUCUCCCUCCAUCUCACCUUCCUCCUCUCCGUCCUCUCUUGGUCUGAACACCCUGACCUCCAGGCUUUCCCCGAGAUGCUACACCCUGAGCUGGCAGACUGCUCUGGACAGCGAUACCACUUCCUCCACGGAAUCCUCUCCUUUCAGUUCACCAUUGCUAACCAGGUGUCCUGCGAAGUCUUCCCUCUUCAAAGCACUAAGUCAUGAACUACUGUUGUCAAGAAACAUGAGGAAGGCAAUGGUGUCCAGGAACAAUUCCCUAUCUACAGAUGAAGGCAGCUCCACAGACAACAGCCCCAAUGUGAUGAGGAGAGCGUCAGAGGGCUUAGUUGAAGGCCUGCCCAGCAAAUACAGCCUGGCACCACCCAGCAUCUUCCCCAUGGACUUGACUCUGAACAGAGAGAAAGUCAUGAAAGAAAGAAUGGUGCCCAUAGGGAAAGAUGGCAGCCUGAGACUCUCAGCAGAGUACUGCUCGGAUAACCAAAGACUACGCGUCCGACUGAUCAGUGCCGAGGGCCUCUAUCCUCUCCCUGUAGAUCCAAAGAUUAUCAACUGCAGCGUCAGCCUCUGUCUGAUCCCCGGAAAAGUCCAGAAGCAGCGCAGCACAGUCAUCAGAAAGAGCCGCAAUCCGAUCUUCAACGAGGAUUUCUUCUUUGAUGGUAUCUCCGAGGAAAACCUCAGCCAGCGGUCCCUUCGCUUUAAAGUGGUGAACAAAAUGUCCACCCUGAAAAGAGACUAUCUGCUCGGGGAUUGUGACUUGCCACUUUCUAGCAUUGUGACCCUCUGAGCCUAAGUACUUCCUUAUCAUGCUAUUUAUGAACUGAAUUAUUUAUUUUCAUU